CCCAAAUUAGGACCCCGUUUGACUAUCUAGUCCUAACCGAAGUAACGGAUGUAAAAAUAUAACCUAACGUCAGUUGCAGACAUGAGCAUCACGGUGAAAAUUCAAAGUAAAAAUAUGAAAUCUUUCUGUAGUUGAAAUUAAUAAGUACAACAUUUAAAAAAAAAUUUGCGACACUUAGCUGACUGCGAUCGCUUUUCAAUCAGGCACUUAAAUGGCCACACCUGCUUUUCGAUUGACAGCCUGCUUGCUGAGUUAGGAACCACACAUACUACUAACAUACUACUCUUUUACCAUAUUUUUGAUGACAGGAAUAGUAAGAGUAGUGUGCUAGUAUGCGGUUCAGUGAGCGCCGCCUCUACCUGAGCCGACAGUAGUGAAAACGACUCAUUUCCGCGUAUCGGUUCUUUUGAACAAUUCGCUCGAAUGAAACGAAUUCAAAAUGAUUCAGUGGUUCUUUACGUCAUUACUUGGUCCCCUGGCAUAUUACAUGCUCUAAAACGUUCUAGUUAAGUCAUAUGUAGGAACACACUGCAAUAUUUAUUACGUUUUCGACUAAGCUUUAUUUUAUAAAGGGUGUUUAUUGCCAUGUGCCUCAGUUAAAUAUGCUGCCACCAUGAUAAGGCACGAAUUGUAACCUAAAUAUAAUUUACAUUUACAAUAAACAAAACUAAAAUUAAUUUACAUGUCUUGAUAAUAAUUUAUUUGUAUCUUAAAAUAUUUAUAAUUAUUAAAACUAACUUUGUUUUGCGUUUGGAAUGGUUUUAUUGAUAAAACUGUCAUAAAAUCAAGUCAUACACGUAUUUUAUUUGUAACAUUAGAAGUAAAGUAACUCCUUUUUACUAUCAGAGCGCGGUUCUCGGUUCAAUGAGUCGGGCAGUUGUUGACUCGAGAGCCGCACAGACUGAUUCAGUCCAAUACGUGUUCAGACCAGUACACGUGUAUUGUCCAGACCAGUUUUAUGAACCGGUUCAACUGAUUUGUUCAAAAGAACCGAUUCAAAAGAACCAUUCGUUCACGAAUCGGACAUCGCUACAAGACAGAUACGGGGGUGUUUUGACGUGCGGAUGCGGCUCGGGCAAGCUGCGGUGGAUGUGAUUGAGCUCCACGAUUCUCCCCUCUCGGGGCCAGAGUUCACACCAUCCAAGGGGAACGCGAAUAGACAGCCAGAUAAGCGUGAAUGUGCCAUUUUGCAAGUGAGAACACAGACAAGUGUGACAAGCAGCUAAAGAUACAAGGAUACAACAAAGUGAUGUCACACCGUCUACCAGGGGGUGGCCGUCCCCUGCCGGAGUCACACAGCCUCUGACGCCCAUGGGACGGACGCCCCCGUAUCCAAGAUACUGAGUGCGCGUGUGUGUGUGUGUGUAGCCGAAGCCGAGUGCAAUGGGCAGUCUGGGAGAGGGAGUGGACCCGGGCAUGGUGAGCGAAGCUCUUCUGGAGGCCCUUUGCUCUGAAUGUGGACAGAUUCACCGCGCCUGGGAGAACCACCUUUAUAACUAUCGUUUGGAAGUGGACGAUGAUUUGGUGUGCCACAUCUGCCUUCAGCCGUUAGUUCAGCCCCUGGAUACACCAUGUGGCCACACCUUCUGUGCCCGCUGCCUGCGCAGCUUCCUGCAGGAACGGGACUUUUGUCCGCUGGACCGUGCGCAUCUGCAGCUGCAGGUCUGCCGGCGCUCCAGCAUUCUGGUGCACAAGCUGCUGGAUAAGUUGUCGGUCACCUGUCCUCUCACGCCCUCCUGUUCUCUCAGCAUGCCACGCUGUGACCUGGAGGCACAUCUCAAACACAGGUGUCCUGGGACACAGAGUCAGCGAACAAAGCUGGAUCGGACGCGGAUGGACGGAGACGAAGAUAGGGUCAUGGCGACCAAUCCCCCCAGAUCCCCCCAGACUGAGACGAAGGAGAGUACACCAUCACCACCUGCUGGAUCCAACGCAUGCAACAAUGUCCCUACAUGGACAGAAGAGCCUGGCGUAGACAACCCCGCCUUUGAAGAAAGCACGGAAGAAGACAGUGUCCAUGGUCUGGAGUGUGCUCCUCCACGUGUGAAGCGUCCUCUCAGCAACCCGUGCAUCCAUCUUCUCCGUACUGGUAGUUCAGCCUCUUCGGGGUGGGACUUUGUUGAAACUUUGCCUCUUUCUGCUGAAGAAGGUUGUGUGAAACUUCCAUCUCUACCUGAGGGAGAAAUCACAACUAUUGAGGUUCAUCGUGCAAACCCCUACACAGAGCUGGGCAUAAGUAUUGUUGGUGGAAACGAGACCCCCCUGAUAAAUGUGGUAAUACAGGAGGUGUACCGUGACGGUGUUAUAGCUCGAGACGGAAGGCUGCUUGCUGGGGACCAAAUACUUCAGGUGAACAACGUAGACAUCAGUAAUGUGCCCCAUAACUUCGCUCGCUCUACACUGGCACGUCCCUGCGCCACUCUGCAGUUGACAGUUUUGAGAGAACGCCGCUGUUCUGCCAGGCCACCUGUGGCAACUGCUACGCCCAAGGGCAGCCCUGCCAGCAUACGCAUCACCUUGCACAAGCGGGAAUCAUCAGAGCAGCUGGGGAUCAAGCUGGUGCGGCGUACAGAUGAAGCGGGUGUGUUUAUCCUGGACUUGCUGGAGGGAGGGUUAGCAGCCAAAGAUGGACGACUUUGCAGCAACGACAGAGUGCUGGCCGUCAACGAGCAUGACCUGAGACACGGCACGCCUGAGCAGGCAGCUCAGAUUAUACAGGCUAGUGGAGAAAGAGUCAAUCUGCUGAUUAGCCGGUCCAGCAAGCAGACUAUGGCCGUGCACACAGGCUCCACCUUGACCAGGGACAUUUGGAGCCAUGAACACAUCCCGCCGCUUCCCUGCACUGCGACCCCAAGCCCUGUCCCAAGUCUGCACCUUGCCAGGUCUUCCACCCAGAGAGACCUCUCCCAGUGUGUGACCUGUAAGGAGAAACACAUCACUGUGAAGAAGGAACCUCACGAGUCUCUGGGUAUGACUGUGGCAGGGGGACGGGGCAGCAAGAGUGGAGAACUGCCGAUCUUUGUGACGAGCGUCCAGCCCCAUGGCUGCCUGUCACGUGAUGGACGAAUCAAACGUGGGGAUGUACUGUUGAGUAUUAAUGGUCAGGAUUUGACCUACCUGAGCCACAGCGAGGCAGUUGGCACUCUGAAGUCCAGCGCUGCGUCCUGCUCUGUCCAACUGAAGGCACUAGAGGUCAACACAGUUGAAGAACCGGGCCUGGACGAAGAGCUUCUCCCUCCGCAUGAAAACGACUAUGACGCAAGCUGGUCGCCAUCAUGGGUGAUGUGGCUUGGACUUCCCAGCUACCUGCAUAGCAGUCAUGAGAUUGUCCUCCGCAGAAGUCACCCUGGCAGCUGGGGCUUCAGCAUCGUUGGAGGUUAUGAAGAGAACCACAGCAACCAGGCGUUUUUUAUCAAGACUAUCGUCCUUGGAACACCCGCUUACUACGACGGGCGUCUAAAGUGUGGCGACAUGAUAGUGGCGGUAAACUGUCUGUCCACGGCUGGCAUGAGUCAUUCCGCCCUGGUGCCCAUGCUGAAGGAGCAGCGGAGCAGAGUGGCGCUUACCGUCGUGUCCUGGCCAGGAAGUCUGAUCUAACCCCACCAGGGCACCAUGCCUCACCUCAGACAGCACUCAUAUCUGUGUUCUAAUGGUCCUAUGUGUUCUACUCUCUGCCACGGAGGCACCAUACUGUCAAAGCCAGAGUCUCGGAAAAUUGAAUGCUUUUACUUGAUGCUGAAUAAACUAGGCCUUAGAAAACCUGCCACGCCCAUGAGGCCACCGCCCUCUGGAGAGCAGCCUUAAGGUCUCCCCUCACCAUGCCGAGCAGCAGUCCACUCUACCGGAGGUUUUAUAUACAUGUUAUCUCUUAAUGUGAUCUACGUUUGUGAAUGUUUGUGUAAAAGAGACCGAACAAAUGUGUAUGUGUGCAAGUAUGAAUGGAUGAAUGUGCACAUCUGUUUAAUAAAUCUUUCCCAGUGAGGA